UAAAAGCUCACGUCACACCUUUCACCAUGUGACGGCACAUCAGUGUGCCGCGGCACACCGGUUGCGGAACGCUGUUCUAGACGGUUCUCGGAACAGACCCCCCCGAUGUUGACAAGGGACAAGAUUAAAAAGGGACAGAAAGUUCUAGGUAGAGAAAGAACGAAGAAAAGACAUUAGACUUAAAAUUAGGUCAAACAUUACGGCGGGUAAUCCCAGUUAAAACUUCUAUACUUGCGAAGCACGUUUGGAAGAAGUUUCGUUAAGGUCAUCGCGCAUUAUUUAAAAGAAAAAACCGGAUAAAAUUUUCUUACAGCGGAGACAAAAUAAGUCGUAUGUAGAAGAACCGGUUCUGACACUAGUCUGAUGACGCUCGUCUCAGUUGAAGUUUGAACGUUUCCUUUACAGCUAUUCUUCUCUAGUAUUAAUUGGACGAUAUAGAACUUUGGUUAAGAAUGGCAGACGUACAAUUCGUAAUUCGCCCAGUUAAGAAUUUCACCGAAGAAGAAAAAGUCACUUUAGCGCAGUUAAUGCUGUCGCAUUCUUCCAUAGAAGAGAAAAGCAACCAUUCUCGAAUUUUACACAGAAAAAGAGAAGCGUGGAAGUCUAUUCACAAAGAAUUUUCUUCGCAGUUUCCCGGCCGAGCGAGAACCAUAGAACAAUUGAAAGGAUGCUGGAAAAGAAUGAAAUUAGAAGCAAAAAAGAAUUUAAUUAAUAAUCAGCAAAUUAUUAAAUCGGCUGAUGAUAGUGCAUCAUCAGAAUUGUCAAAUGAACCAAGCAAGAGGAUUAUAGAAAUUAUACAAGGAAGUAUCCAGUCUAUACAGUAUCCUAAUGAUCAACCUAUGGUUUCUGUACCUGAUUUUGAAUUUCAAUACAAACAAGCAAAUGAAAAUUGCCAGCCAAAUAAUACACCAGUUUAUGAUGUAUCUAUACCAUCUUGUGAAGAACAUUCUACAAAACAGUUUUCUCAAUUUAAUGUUGAAUCACAAUCCCUGCCUAAUUAUUAUGCAGAACAACAAACUAUCCUACCAAAUAUAAACAAACAGGAAAGGAGAGCUAAUAUUAAAAGGAAAAUGAGAAAAGCUAUCUUGGAAGAAUUACUUGCUACAGAAAAACUUAAGAGAGAAAACGAAAGGCUGCGAAAAUGGAUACUUACAAAGGAGUGUGAGGAAAAAGGAUAUGGAUUACCACCACCUGAUUUUAAUUAAAAUAGUAUAAUGAGAAAUAAAUGUAAUUUUUCACAUUUAUUACAAAGUGAUUUGUUAAUUGAUAGAUAAAUAAAUGACCAUCUCAAUAUCAAAAAAUAGUAAUUGCAAUCCAUUUAAUAAAUGUCUUUUAAUUAUGAUAAUUUAAUUUUGUCUCAAUAAACCUCACCACCGACCCAGCAGAACAGAAGCAAAUGAUUUGUGUGAUCUAGUCUGAUAAAUGAACUUUGAAAAUUCAUCUUUAUCAUAUUUUAAACAGAUUAUUCAUACUUCAAUAUUCCCACAAACAAAGAAAAUUUAU